AUGUCGUUUGUCUGUGGUGUUUGUCUUUCGUAUGGCUCUUUUGCAGUGUUUUCGUUUCGUUUUUGCUACCUGACUGAAUUUCUAAAUAUGCUCGAGUCACGUAUGAAAUCUCUAUAAAAAAAACAAAACUACAAAAAGCAAAAGCAAAAAAAACCAAACUCCAGUAGUUGGCGGUAAUGCAACAAUGAUGGAGCCAACCGGCAAUGAAGAAGAAACAACAGGAAGUAGCUGAGCUCGAGCUGCGGGCUAACCAGUUCGUGGUGACAAAGUUGAGGAGCUAAAUUUGGACAAAUGGAGGAUCAUAAUUAUUUUUUAACAGAAGAAAAAGCGCGGGAGCGCGAACCGUCGCCGGCGACGAAGCAGAAACACGAAGAAGCGAAACGGAACCGGGACAGAAAACGGCAGAAAACCCGAGUAAACAUCGGAGUGGCCUUUCACAAAUGGAAAUCUCUGAUGAGGGAAAAGUGUUUCCAGACUGACGCAGAACUUGCCUGUUUUCUGCUGGAAAGCUACAGGAGGAGUAUCGCAACACAGACUCCCGUGAAGAGAAAACCUUGUCAAGUCACAGCUCCAGCGUCCAGCAUCGGAGCUUCUGGUGGGACUGAAAGUUUCAGGCUGUUCAAGAGAAACGGUAAAAUAUACAGCGUGUACGCCCUGAAGUCCGAUAAAGCCGACGGAUUCCUCUCUGAGUGGAAGGCGAAGAUCGUGAAGACAAUCAUCAAAGGUGAAGGAGGCACGCCUCAGCGGACGAGCCUUCAAACGGACGACACCAGAAGACUCAGUUCAGUGACCCCCACACCUGCAGCUGCCGCGUCAGAGCUGUUACAGAGACCUGGAGGGCCAGAUCCAGAUAACGAGUCGCUGUUACGUAACUGUCACCCGCUCUGCUGA